UGCGCAGUAUCCUGAGUUGGCCUCUGCUCUUUCAGGCGCUUAUGAUGCGCUGAAAGGUUGUCCGCUGCUCGGCGCUUGUACACAACUGUUUAAUGUCUAAAUUCGGCUUCGGGAGCUUACUUGGCACUUUCUGCUGACGGGAAAAGCCACGGCGACGGUUCAGCGUGUGGAGUCUGCCCGCAGUUACUGUAAAGGAGCUUGGAUUUCGGUUGCCGAAGUUCUCAGACAAGCACUGAUGUAGCAGUGUUGCGACAGGCGUCGUGCUUUCUCUCUACCUCCGGUCCCCAGUGCCUCACUGCAUGACCUUAGACCGCAGAUAGACCCACGAGGGGAAACUGCCCCAUCCUCACCCAAAAAAAAACCCUUUCUCUGGACUCCUCUGGGCGGUUACACUCAGUUGCCACAACCCUGCAACGAUCCCAUCUCAUCUCAUCUUUCAGCUCAUCUCCAGUAGACGGAAUUUUUUCCCACAUCGGAGUUGAACACUUCCACUACUUGGGCCAGUAGAGGUGUUGGAGAGCUGUCCCCCUCCCCGUCCCUCCGUUUACCCUCUUUAAGAAUAUAUAUAUAUAUAUUUUUUCUUUUUUUCUCCUGGUUGGCUUGAGUCCGGUUCUGCCGGCCGUGUGACUUUUCAAAACUGGGGCGCGAUUCAUGGGAUGCAACCAUGUCGGAUCUCAGUGAGCGCAGGCCGGUCAACACGGACUACGCUGUCUCCCUGCUGGAGCAGCUCAAGUUCUUUUACGAACAGAAAUUACUGACUGAUGUUGUGCUGCUGGUGGAGGACACGGAGUUCCCGUGUCACAAGAUGGUCCUGGCCACGUGUAGCUCCUAUUUCAGGGCGAUGUUCAUGAGCGGCCUCAGCGAGAGCAAACAGACCCAUGUCCACUUGAGGAACGUGGACCCGGCCACUUUGCAGAUCAUCAUCACCUACGCCUACACGGGCAACCUGGCCAUCAAUGACAGCACUGUGGAGCCGCUCUACGAGACCGCCUGCUUCCUACAGGUGGAGGACGUCUUGCUGCAGUGCAGAGACUACCUGGUGAAGAAGAUAAAUGCAGAGAACUGCGUCCGCAUGCUGAGCAUCGGAGACCUGUUCAGCUGCAGCGAGCUGAAGCAGAGCGCCAAGCGCAUGGUGGAGCACAAGUUCCCUAUGGUGUACCGACAGGAGGCCUUCCUUCAGCUCUCCCACGAGCUGUUGAUAGACGUCCUGAGCAGCGACAACCUCAACGUGGAGAAGGAGGAGACGGUGCGCGAGGCGGCCAUGCUGUGGUUGGAGUACAACAUGGAGGCGCGCUCGCAGCACCUGUCGUCCGUGCUCAGCCAGAUCCGCAUCGAUGCCCUGUCGGAGGUGACGCAGCGCGCCUGGUUCCAGGGUCUGCCACCUAAUGACAAGUCCGUGGUGGUGCAGGGACUCUACAAGUCCAUGCCCAAGUUCUUCAAGCCUCGGUUAGGCAUGACAAAGGAGGAGAUGCUGAUUUUCAUGGAGGCCAUGUCAGAAACGCAAGGCGAGGGAUACGUCAUGUCCGGGUCCUUGCCGACUACAGUAGUGUGUUACAGUCCGCAGGCAGAGAAAGUGUACAAGCUCAGCAACCCCCCAGGAGACCUGCAGAAGGUGGGGACCCUCGUUACACCCGACAACGAUGUGUUCAUCGCUGGCGGGCAGAUCCCUCUCAAAAACUCUAUCACCAACCACGGCAAGAGUGGCAAGCUACAGGCAGUCUUCCGCUCAGUCGAUAGUUUCUUCUGGUUUGACGCCCAGCAGAACGCCUGGGUUCCCAAAACCCCCAUGUUGUGUGCCCGAAUCAAGCCCUCACUGGUCUACUGUGAGGGCUACAUCUAUGCAAUCGGGGGCGAUAACGUUGGCGGGGAGCUGAACAAGCGCACAGUGGAGCGCUACGACUGCGAGAAGGACGAGUGGAGCAUGAUGAGCCCGCUGCCCUUUGCCUGGAACUGGAGCACGUCCGUGGUGGCGCACGACUGCAUCUACGUCAUGACCCACGACCUGAUGUACUGCUACUUCCCCCGAGCCGACACCUGGGUGGAGAUGGCGAUGCGCAAGACCAGCCGGUGUUUUGCCUCCGCGGCUGCAUUCGGUGACCUCAUUUUCUACAUCGGCGGCCUCCAUGUGGUCAGCAACUCGGGCAUCCGGCUGCCGACGAGCACCAUCGACGGCUCGUCCGUCACCGUGGAGAUAUACGACGUCAACAAGAAUGAGUGGCGCCUGGCCGCCAACAUCCCCGCCAAGCGCUACUCGGACCCAUGCGUGCGGGCGGUGGUGCUGCUCAACUCUCUGUGCAUUUUCAUGCGCGAAACCCACAUGAACGAGCGCGCCAAGUACGCUAUCUAUCAGUACGACGUGGAGCUGGACCGCUGGUACCUGCGGCAGCCCGUGUCCGAACGCGUACUCUGGGAUCUGGGGAAGGACUUCCGGUGCGCGGUGGGGAAGCUGUACCCCUCCUGCCUGGAAGAGUCCCCCUGGAAACCCCCAACCUACCUCUUCUCCCCUGACGGAGCCGAGGAGUUCGAGGUGGACGGGGAGCUGGUGACCCUCCCUCACGUAUAGCUCUUAACCUCCCCCACACCCCCUACCUCGCUGACUGAACCAGGAACCUGUAACGCUGAGGGAUGAACACGAAUGGGGGGUGGGCGGCGGAUGAAAUCUCCUGAGAUAUGAAAGGGUUUCUGUGUUAUGGGAGGGACUUUGGAGGCUCGCGUUACGCUACACAAUGCGGGCCUAAAACAACAGCAAGCUUUGAGCGAAAAAGAUGCCCCUGAAAAAUACUAGUAAUCUGAAAAUUUCUGUUUUGUUUUUUUUCUUCUCUCUUCUUAUUUUGUCAGUUGUGACAUCUGUUAGAUAUUAUUACAAGUCUGUCAUACUGUUUCUACAAUGUGAUAAUCUAAACGUCAAACUGAUUUUGUGAUGAUGAGGAUGAUGAUGCACUUAACUGGUAAACCUUCUCGGAAUGACAAUGGCAACUGUACCAAAAUACGCCCAGCUCCCCUGCCCCUCCAACUGUGGCUUCCCUCUAUUCCCCUCCCUCUCCUCUAUCUUUUUUUCCCUCUUUUCUCACCACUGAUAAAGGAAUACUCGGUGGAAAAUCUAUAUUUAGAGCAUCAGACGUUCACUUUUUUCUGGCUUUAACGUGGGCUCUGAAAGGUUUGCAGUUUUAACAAAAUAAAAGCGUGAAACUGAUCUGCAGAAACUUCUCAAACCACUCCUGCAGCAUAAUCUACUUUUCUUUUUGCUCUGUGUCGUUCCAAGCGAUCAUUAUUUUGCCAAUAACUCGUUUAAUAUGCUACUUCCAGUGAAGCUUUGGUCCUACAGCGAUGUGAUAGCAUGACACUGAAGAUAUUAUGGUGCUCUUGUGAAGAAACCCAAGUGUUUGGAACUUCCUGAUGAGUUGAUAAUGCAGCAGGGAUGGCGUUGAGAAGUUUUUAUGCAUGUUAAGAUAGGUUUGCAGCUUUUUAAGGUCAAUAAUGAAACUUUAAUCUCCUAUUUUCUUGGCAUUGAAGGCCACAAAAUCUCAUCAGUCAGUUGGACUUUGUGGUGAUUUAAUUCUAGAAUUUUUGGCAUUUUCUUACUUUAGAAAUGAAUUGAUAGGAAGACGAUAAUAAAUCAGCAGCAAUUUUGAUGAUUGUUUUUUAAAACAAUUAAAUCACGAUCUGCUGAUUUUCUUUGACCUACAUAAUUGUAAAUGAAAUAUUUUUGAGUUUUGGAUCAGCGAAACGUCAUUUGAAGAUGUCAAUUCAGGCUCUGCUAGCCUGCCUGGUUCUGAUGUGUUGUGUUGCCUUGUUUCAAGGUCUCCAUAGGAAUUUAUUAUAAUCCCACAACUACAGCCCACAGUUGCAGGUAUUUGAUGCUCAAAAAUGUUGAUUUUUGCUAGAGUAUUCCCUAAAAACAGGAUCCAUCUGUUUCCUCAUGAGGCCCUGCAGAUGAGAGGAACAGGGGCCAUGUUUUUUUUAUUUUUUUCCGGAGUGGGGUUGAGAGGGCUGAUGGGGAAACAAGUGAGAGGCGGAGAGGAGAGGGUGGUUAAAAAAAAAGGAGGGUGACUGCAGGUCCGGUCGCCCGUCACCUCCCCUCCCUCGCCCCCUCUCCUCCACCCCAGACUCUGACUACAGCGCCUCCACAGCCCGUCUGUCAAGUCUGUUUGCACACAGGUCUUCCACACAGCCGGCAGUUUACACCUCACCUCUAUCCAUCGUCACAUGAUCAUGGUACUUGUGUUUUUCUUUCCACGAGGGUCUCUCUGCAAACACACAAACUCCACUCUCAGUACCAACAGGUUUCGGGCUCAUGCAUUUUUUUUUUUUUUUUAAUUUCCAAGCUGCUGAAAUAUAUAUAUAAUAAAAUAUAUAUUUUUCAUAUGUUUAAAAGACAACUGUUCUAGUGUGGGGAAAAUAACCAGGUCUAUUUUGUAUUAGUGUCUUUUUUAAUUUAAUAUCAGACAUUACUGUAGUGUGAUUGUGGGUAGAUAUCCAUUUUCCUAUCAGAUUUAAUUUGUUUUUGUUUCUGAGUGAAUAUUGAGGAUUCUUGCUGCUGAUUGGUUGUGAGAGGAGAGGGCUGGCCCAGGGCUGUUGCUAUGGAAAUCGUCCCGGCAACCACUAGCAGUAGCAGUGGAGGGGGGAGAGGGAGGGGGAGUGGGCGGGGUUUAAAAGAGAAAAAAAACAUGAGCACAGGUGCUUCAUGACAAACCCUUACUAGCAUGUUUGGCUGCAUCAUAUUCCUUUGGCACUGUAUUUUGAAUGAACGUUAAUUUAUUAAAAAACAAUACCAAAAACGUUCCUGAAA